CCAUUUGAGAUAAGCUUUGCAUUGGAUCAGAAAAAGAUGAAGAAGAAGGCGUUGCCCACAAGACCAUAAUCCCACGUGGCGCAAAAAACCAGAUUUUUCCAGAUUUUCUUUCCCUAAAAAAAAAAAAAAAACAUCUUUGUUGAGACGAAGGAAGAGUGAAAAGAAAGAUUGGAACUUUGGGUGUGUUUCUCUCACUAACCAACUCUUCUAGUGAGAGAAAGAAACUUGAAUCUUUCUCUUUUCUUAAUAGUAUCAAAAAGAUUCAGAUUAUGUCGACCACUUCCUUGUGUUGUUCAUCAACAACCCAAGUCAAUGGGUUUGGUCUUAGGCCUCAAAGGUCUCUCCUUUACCAACCAGCUUCCUUUUCUUUCUCCAGGAGGAAAACUAAUGGUGUUGUGAAGGCAACAGCUCGUGUUGAUAAGUAUUCGAAAAGUGAUAUCAUUGUCUCUCCUUCUAUUCUCUCUGCUAAUUUCGCCAAAUUAGGAGAGCAGGUGAAAGCAGUGGAGUGUGCAGGUUGUGAUUGGAUCCAUGUUGAUGUGAUGGAUGGUCGUUUUGUUCCUAACAUCACUAUUGGUCCUCUUGUGGUUGAUGCUUUGCGUCCUGUUACUGAUCUUCCCUUGGAUGUUCAUCUCAUGAUAGUGGAACCGGAUUUGAGGGUACCGGAUUUUAUCAAAGCAGGUGCUGAUAUAGUCAGUGUACAUUGUGAGCAGUCAUCCACCAUCCAUUUGCAUCGCACUGUCAAUCAAAUCAAAAGCUUAGGUGCUAAAGCUGGAGUUGUCCUAAACCCUGGAACCCCAUUGAGUGCUAUAGAAUAUGUAUUGGAUGUGGUGGAUCUGGUCUUGAUAAUGUCGGUGAACCCCGGGUUUGGUGGACAGAGCUUUAUUGAAAGCCAAGUUAAAAAAAUCUCUGAUUUGAGAAGAAUGUGUGUUGAAAAGGGAGUAAACCCAUGGAUUGAAGUUGAUGGUGGUGUCACUCCUAAGAAUGCAUACAAGGUGAUUGAGGCUGGAGCAAAUGCUCUAGUAGCUGGAUCAGCUGUAUUUGGAGCUAAGGACUAUGAAGAAGCUAUAAAAGGAAUCAAGAACAGCAAGAAGCCAGAAGCUGUGGCUGUGUAAUCUGAAGACUCCUAUUUCUGGAAAAGCUAAAAAGGUCAAAAGACGAUCACCGAGAUGUUUUACUCAUGUGUGCCAUUGUUUUGUAGAUUUGGAGAUAUGCAGAUUCCAUACAUUAUGCAAUUAAACACUGUUAUAAGAAAUAAGCUGUUACAUAUGUAUUUUUGACUUUGGGAAAAUUAGAGCAUGUUCAUUUGUCUUGCCCAUUAAACUCAGUAUAGAAAAAUGAGACAAUUUAGCUAUAUACAGUGAUCAC